AUGUUCCUGGAGGGGUUCAAGGUGGACAGCCCGCAUGUGCGGUACGGCGCCGGCGAGAUCGAGUCCGAGUACCGGUAUGACACCACGGAGGUGGCGCUGACGCCGGAGGGAAGCUGGGUGGUGCGUCCCAAGUCCGUCACCUACAACUUCAAGACCAGCACCGCCGUCCCAAAGCUCGGGGUGAUGCUUGUCGGAUGGGGUGGCAACAACGGCACCACUCUCACAGCUGGGGUCAUCGCAAACAAAUUGGGCAUUUCAUGGUCAACCAAGGAGAAGGUGCACAAGGCUAACUAUUUCGGCUCCCUAACUCAGGCUUCCACAGUCAGAGUUGGCAGCUACAAUGGGGAGGAGGUCUACGCACCUUUCAGGAGCCUUGUACCCAUGGUGAACCCGAACGACAUUGUGUUUGGUGGAUGGGACAUCAGCAGCAUGAACUUGGCCGAUGCCAUGGGCAGAGCCAAAGUACUAGACUUUGACCUGCAGAAGCAGCUCAGGAGCCAUAUGGAGUCCAUGGUGCCCCUCCCCGGCAUCUUCAACCCGGACUUCAUCGCGGCAAACCAAGGUUCCCGCGCUAACAAUAUACUAAAGGGCACCAAGAAGGAGCAGGUGGACCAUAUCAUCAAGGACAUCAGGGAGUUCAAGGAGAAGAACAAGGUGGACAAGGUGGUUGUGUUGUGGACAGCCAACACCGAACGGUAUAGUGAUGUUGUUGUCGGGCUCAAUGAUACCAUGGACAACCUCUUGGCUUCUCUCGACAAGAAUGAGGCUGAGAUCUCACCGUCAACCAUGUAUGCGAUAGCCUGUGUAACGGAGGGAGUACCAUUUGUCAACGGGAGUCCUCAGAACACUUUCGUGCCCGGGUUGAUUGAGCUGGCCAUCAAGAAAAACUCGUUGAUCGGUGGUGAUGACUUCAAGAGCGGGCAAACUAAGAUGAAGUCAGUCCUGGUUGACUUCCUCGUCGGUGCUGGAAUCAAGCCUACCUCUAUUGCCAGCUAUAACCACCUGGGAAACAAUGAUGGCAUGAACCUCUCGGCGCCGCAGGUAUUCCGUUCCAAGGAGAUCUCCAAGAGCGGCGUGGUGGAUGACAUGGUUGCUAGCAACAAUAUCCUUUACAACCCAGGGGAGCACCCUGACCACAUCAUCGUCAUCAAGUAUGUGCCCUAUGUCGGGGACAGCAAGAGGGCCAUGGACGAGUACACCUCGGAGAUUUUCAUGGGUGGCAAGAACACCAUCGUGUUGCACAAUACUUGUGAGGACUCGCUUCUCGCUGCACCUAUCAUCCUUGAUCUGGUGCUCUUGGCUGAGCUCAGCACUAGGAUCCAACUGAAAGCGCAGAGCCAGGUAACUGAAAGUGGAGAAGUUCCAUUCUUUCCAUCCAGUGGCCACCAUCCUGAGCUACCUAAGCAAGGCUCCACUUGUUCCUCCAGGGACACCAGUGGUGAAUGCAUUGGCCAAGCAGAGGGCCAUGCUCGAGAACAUCCUUAGGGCUUGUGUUGGGCUGGCCCCUGAGAACAACAUGAUCCUUGAGCACAAAUGACAUGCCAAACGAAUCUUCUCAUCACAAGGAAGAACAAAGUAUCAGCACAGGAAGGAAUAACAAGAGGCCAAUGAAAGGGGAAAGGGGAAGUAGAGAUCAGGACAAAGCAUGGAUCCUCUUGGUGCUUUUCGUUCAUUAUUAGUUGGCCCUCUGUUCCUGUUUUUCUCUAUUUUUUAGACUACUAUUCGUGAU